CUAGAAUUUGAUGAGAUCAUAUGCUCAUGGUAGUUACUUUACAUGAAUGUAAAAUAUUGGAGGGUUCAAUAUAAGAGGGCAAGUAUGAGGGGUUUGUUGGAGAUCAUUGUGAAGUAGGAGAGAGAAAUUGGAUGAGAGACUCUCAUUCGGGUGGAAUAGGAGGCCAAAAUUAGGAGACUGUGCCAGUUAACCCAAAACCUUUCUUGAACAACCUGACAGGGAAGCCUGUAAUUGUCAAACUCAAGUGGGGUAUGGAGUACAAAGGAUAUCUUGUUUCUGUGGAUUCUUAUAUGAACCUUCAGCUUGCUAACACAGAGGAGUACAUUGAUGGGCAAUUCUCUGGAAACCUGGGAGAGAUUUUGAUCAGGUGCAACAAUGUUAUGUACCUCCGAGGUGUUCCAGAGGAUGCGGAGAUAGAGGAUGCGGAGUGAGAAGACUUGAAGCAUGUUUAGAUUGAUUGAUGUAAUAUGAUUCUGACGUGUGCUUGGGUGCGCUGGUCACAACCUAUUCUGCCAAAUCCUAGCUUUGAACUUAGUGAGUGGUGAAGCAUGUCAGUCUACUUUCUGUCAUUCUGCUGAAUGUUUGAACUGAAAGCUAGGACUAGAGAUGUUAUUCAAACUUCUUUCAGUUAAGAGUAUUGCUGUCAUUCUGCUGAAUGUGAGAAUUACCAGAUUUUUUAACCAA